UUGUUGUGGUUAACACUGACGGUUACUUGUUGUUUUUGAAUUCAGUCUUAAGUCUUUGGCUGGCGAAGUAACUAUUGGAAUAGUGACGUUGUAUUUACAUGUGAUUGUGUAUAAUAUUUUCGAAUUUUAGCACAUGCAUUGCUUCUAAUGACUUUAGCCUGGAGCACAAAAAGCGAGACUGAAAAUCUACUAAUGGAACUGGAGAAGAACACAAACAGAAAGAGGGAGGUGCCUCAAAGGAAUGCAACAGGAGAACUGAUCCUAGCUGUGAAGCGUGGGAGGGUGAAGUACGUGCAAGAACUGUUGGCAGCCGGAGCAAAGAUCACGGUGCGGGACAGGAAGGGGAACACAGCCCUGCACUGGGCGGCACAAGGGGGAAAUGAGGAGGCUGCCAGGUAUCUGCUGCGAGCCGGGGCCAACAUGGAGGCUGUCGACAGCUGGUGGCGGCAAACGCCAUUGCACAGGGCUGCAGAGUGGGGCCACGAGGCAGUGGCGAAGAUGUUGCUGAUUGCCGGUGCUGACCCCGACAUCUGCGACGGGGAUGGGAGGACGUCGCUACACUUGGCGGCUUUAGGUGGCCACGUGGGGAUGGUGACAGUGCUGCUGGCAGCGAGUGCGGACCGGGGCAUCAAGGACUAUGGAGGGAGGAUGCCUGUAGACAUGGUCAGGGAGAAGGACAGGGAGCAGCUGUUGCCCCUACUCAGAUGUUGCGGUAUUGGCUUGAAUGUGCCCACAAGUGAACUUCUGGAGAAGAAAAUCCAGUGGUAGGCACUGGAGUACUUCUACCUCAGCAUCCUGUGUUCCUCAAGCUGCCCUGCGCCAGACAAGCCGAAUCCACGUGCAACACCUGCAGCAACAUGGACAUGACGUCGAGUGGAAUUUUCCUAUCACAAUAACAUCGCCCGGCCGAGUGUAUCUGGGCCUCCAGCCCAGCUGAGAUUACUUGCACUGUGGAUGAGCUUCUCAUCAGCUGGAUUGAGGCCUGUCCUGUGCUGACAUCAGUACAGGCUUCUGAUGUGAUCACCAACACCAUCGCGCUAUGCCUCCGCUUCAGUUCGGACUUCAGCCAGAGCACUGAUGGGGCCUCGGUGCCAGUUGCCUCCUCCAAGUGCACCAUCUACAAGAUGUGCCACAGGUAUGCUACUUCCUGCCAGCCUCGUGCUCUCAGUUAUGGAACGACAUUCGUUCCUGUGGAGGUGCUCCACACCAGUGGGGCCCUAGCCCUCCAUUGUCUCAGGAGGUCACAGGUCACACCAGGUCUGGGUCACCACUGUCAGUACACGUACUGGCUGCUAGUCCACACCAGCUGAGAUGACACUACCCACUCAGCAAGUCUGCUCCGACCAGCUGCCAUCACCACUGCCGACAUCGCAUUCUGCUGCCAACGUGGCCGACAUUGCAGUCUACCACCAUAGUGGUUCCCGACUGCAGACACUCACAGACUCCGAUGUAUAGAAUGUGUAGUCAAGAAAGCUGUUUAUGGUCUGAGAGCAUUCUCUGGUCUUGCUGACUCCACAGACCCACCUUUACUCUCUCUCUCUCUCUCUCUCUCUCUCUCUCUCUCCCUCUCCAAGAUCACCUGCGUUCAACAUCCUGAUGGUCAGGUGGCCUUCCUGCUGUCAUUGGAUGACUACGUAGUGGUCAGCAACCCAGGCAUUCUGGCAUCAGAAAUUGUGCUGGAAACCGGUGAGCAACAUCAUAAGGCAUCAAUCUAUGAUGACACUUUCUCAAGUGAGUAGCAGCGUGUGUGUUUUAUGAAUGCAUGUGGUUCUUGUAGCAUUUGUUCCUCAAGUUUGUCCUCAUUCCUGUUUCUUAUUAUUUCUGGCAUAGUUUCUGGUCGCAUUGCAACCCAGAUGGGGGCUAACAGUUGCGGUUCGCGUGUGGUCCUUUCUCUCCGAACUGGAGUCCUUCCCUUUACCACCUCUACUUGUGGACCGUUCAUAUAUGCCUCCAUGGCGUACGCCUCAGCCGCAAUUUCAUCUGGACCUUUUGCAUGGCCCUAAGGACUCCGUUACCCCACUGCUCUCCGCUGUCACUUCCUCUCAAUUCUUGACAUGUUCUGGGGCUCUGAAGUGGUUCACACUGACGGCUCAAUGGCUGAUGG